UUUAGAAUGAAAGUUGUCAACAGUGUGAUAUUGUAAUUUUAUGUGGGAAAAUGACCAAUCCGUGUGAACUGUUCAAAGCCUUAUGCAAAAAGUACAAUAUUGAAGUACAGGACAACGUUUGCCAAGCGCUAUCACAGACUCCUGCAUUAGACUUAGCAAACCAGACCUUAGCAGUUGGUACAUGUGCUGUGUUGGGUAAAAUACUACAGUCAACAACUUGUAUCAGUAAGGCCAGUUUUGAGGACUGCUUACUAGAAGAAGAUGGUAUAAAAUCAAUUCUUCUAGGACUGUGCGGUAACUCCUCUGUGAAGACUUUGUCCCUCAAGGGUAAUAGUGUACAGGGCAAUGGAACCCAUGCUGUUGCAAAAAUGCUUCGCCAUAAUAGUACGAUAACAAGGUUAUCAUUGGAAUGGAACAAUCUCGGUCUUUGCACAGAGAGCUUUGCAGCUUUCUGUGAAGCCGCCGGAAACAACUCGGCUCUCCAGUACUUAGACCUCAGAAGCAAUCAGCUAGGAACCGACGCUGCUGUUCACAUCGCCCGAGCUCUGGCAAAAAACAAUACCCUGACUGCUAUUGAUAUUCGAUGGAACAGUCUCGGGGCAGCGGGAGGUAAAACCAUCCUCGAGAGUCUCCACCAUAAUCGCUCCCUGAAGAAAAUUGAUCUGGUUGGUAACAAUAUACCGAAUGAUAUCAUAUCUUCCAUUGAGCAAGAGCUGGCCCAGAACAGCAGAGCAGCAGUUGUGACACAGGAGUACACGACCCGCACUGAAGUUUUAAAGCAACAGCUGGAGCACCACGAACGCCAUUCCACCUAUGAAAUUGAACGUCUGCAAGAAGCAUUGGCAGAGACAGAACUUAAGCUGAAUAAAACCAUUAAGCAAAGUUCCUUUCACACGGGGCAGCUGGAGGAGAGCCUGCAUUCGAAGAAGCUAGAAGUAGAGGCAGUGGAGUCGAAACUGUCACUGGUCACCUCGGCCCUUCAACUGUGCCAGGAAAGGUUAACGGCCAUGGAGUCAAGGAACAAAACACUCGAGGAAGAGUUGCAGAGAAGUCAGGAACAAGCGCAGAAACAGAGUAACAGAGAUCGGGAGACAAUGGAGGCUAUGAAGAUGGAACAUAGUGAAAUAGAACGCACAGUGCAGAACACAGUUGCAAAGCUAGAGGCUCAGAUUGGAGAACUGGAAUUCCAAAAGAGCAACCAAAAGAGACAAGUACUUGACCUUAGAGAGAUGGUGUGCUCAUUGCAGUCGGAAGUAAAAGGCGCAAGAGCAGAAUGCGAAGAACUUGUGGCCUCUGAGGUUGCAAAGCAUAAGGAGGUAAUGAGAAUGAUGGAACAGCAACAUAAUGCUGAGGUGCAGAGGAUCAAGAAUGAAUAUCAGCAGAUUGAGACUGAGAUGCGUGAAAAGUUGACUAAUAUGGAAGUGCGAAGGAGUGAGACAGAGGUAGAGAUCACCAGCCUUAGGGUCCAAGUCACGACAGAAAGAACAACAUCUCAGUCCCAGCAGACGUCCCUUAGGCAGCAGUUGAAAGCAGAACAUGCAGCAAUUGUGCAUGGGCUAGAGGAGCGACUAAGAGCUAUGGAGGAAAGCCGCAAUGAUGCAGAGGAGCGAAUGCGAAGUCAGAUUGCAUCUUGCUCAUCACUCACAGCCACUAAUGCUAAAUUGAACACACAGUUGCAUACACUGAGGAACCAGCUUUCGCAACUGGAGGCAGAAAUUGAGGGAAAAGCCCUGGAGGUAAAGGCAGCUGAAUCCAGAGUGAGAGAUGAAGUGAAAUUGCAGCUUGAAGAACUGGAACAAGAACGCACACAAACUGCCAAGUUGAACAACACAAUCUCACAACUUCAAAGAACCAUCGCCGAAAAGCAGCUAGAGUGCCAGAACGACUGUCGUAAAUUAGAAGACGAGGUCAGAAGAGCAAAACUCGAGAGCAAGCAGUACAAGGACGAGAUCCAGAAGCUGAAGGAGGACGAGGUGCGGAGAGUCGGCAUGCUUCACUCGGCCUUCGUGUCGUACUUUAAUGCGUCUCCAACGUCGCCCGGAACAUUGCCUGCCGAAAAGUUGUAGCACAUGUUCGAGCAUUUUGUUUUAAAUUUAGUGUUUUUUUUUUUUCUCGCACUUAAAGAACAAUGGAAAAGAAGCGGAAGUUAUAAGGGAAAUAGGAUUUAUUUGAUUUUUUGAGAUUUGCUCACUUCUCAAGACAAUAAAGCAGUUGCAUUCAUUACUAUAUUUAUCACUGCCAUUAUGAAACAUGAAUUGAUCACUUUGUUUGGAAUAAGAUAGCUAUAUAUAAUGAAACAAAUAAAGUAUAACAGGUUCUUAUAUAGAUGAGGUGUCUAUUUUAUCACUAUUACAAUUUGGUUUCAGUGCUUUAAAUUUUAAUUGUGCCUUCAUUGCUUUUAACUAUACCUUUACACAUAGAAAUCAGUGUUACACUCAAACAUGGCUUAAUUAGAAAUUGCAUUAAAUGUUUAUAGAAACACCAACUGGAAAAUGUUACAGAUAUAUUGCCUGUAUUGCAGAUUGUUCCAUUAGGAUUAUCUCUUAUUGGCUAUUAUGAUUUCACAGGGAAAAUGGCCUUCUAGACUAAGUAGCAAUAUGCUUCAUUAGGAUUUGAUAUGAAAAUUUUCUUAUUUACCAUAUAUGCUGACUGGUGCAUUGAGCUGCAUUGUUGUGAAAUUAUGUAAAAGAUAAAGCUUCAUUCUGCUUAAUCACAAAUUGUUACUUGCAAUAUAUGAAAAUAGUGCAUUGUGCCUAGACAGUUAAUUCCAAUAAUUUUUUUUUCUUUUUUCUUUUCUCCAGAAGUAUCAUAUAUUUGUGAUGUAAAGAUGAAUAUGAUGAAUAUUUAUGGACAUGGCUUUUUUUUUUUUAAGUAAAUGAUUUUUAGGUUUUAAUACAAGCACGUUAGAUCCGACGUUUGUGAAAGCUUUAGACACUUAUUGAAUAUAUAUAUAUAGUAAUAUAAUGAAAUGUAUGUAUACUCUUUCUAGUCAAAUAAAUGUAA